AAUUUGUUAAGAGCAGAAAUUGGUUCCAGAAAUAAUAGUGGAUUUUGGCUAGGAAUGGAAUAUGAUUCAAAUUCCAAAUCAAAAUACAAAUGGACGGAUGGUACAUCAUGGAACCAAAAUGUUUGGAACAAUGCUUUAGAACCAGGCAACGAUCCUAGUCGAUCCAAAUGUGGAGUGUUCUUAAAAAAUGGAAAAUGGUUUCUCAAGGUUUGUUCUGUAAAUUGGUACAGUUUCCUAUGUAAAAUGAAACGCUAUCCCAUCACAACAACAACGGAGGCUCCAUCUACCACGACGCCAUUGAAAACAACAACAGUG